UUUCCGUUCGGUGCCUGGAUAUCGCUGGCUCCAUCUCCAAUUAGGUAUAUUAGGUCGUUGGCAACCAAAUCGGUAGAAGGAACGUCUCCAGGUCUGACGCUCGAUGUGUUUCCUAGCAUCUUGUCCACUGUAUCCCUUGCAUACCUAGGUACAUAGGUAUAUUCCUACUGGAAUUAGUCCCUCUGGCGCAUUCCCUUUGGAACACUCGAAACAUCGUCAUAAACCUAUACUUUAUAAUUAAAUCGAACAUUCACAUUACCUUUACUAUGGCGAGGCCUAUUCGAGUCUGGGUGUGUCCUCCUGGCUCUAACUCUUGGAAAGUCAUUUUUGUUUUAGAGGAAUUGGGGCUUCCGUACGAGCUCGUGUCGCUCAGGUUCGAAAACAUCAAGAAGCCGCCAUUCACAGGUAUUAACCCGAAUGGUCGUGUGCCCGCCAUCGAGGAUCCGAACACAGAUAUCACGUUGUGGGAGACGGGGGCUAUUAUCCAGUACCUGAUUGCGCAGUACGACACUGAGCACAAGUUGAGCUACGCCACUCUCAAGGAACAAAACCUCUGUAACCAGUGGCUCAUGUUCCAGGUCAGCGGCCAAGGCCCUUACUACGGACAGUGUACAUGGUUCACCCACCUACACAAGGAAAAGCUCCCAUCAGCUAUUGAGCGAUACGUCAACGAAGCCCGAAGAGUCCUCGGAGUUUUAGAAGGCGUACUCGCUGCUAAGUCCGAACCUCGAUGGCUCGUCGGCGAUCGCAUGACAUUUGCCGAUAUGGCUUUCGUCCCCUGGAACAAUCGUUUGGAACUACUCCUCAGUGUCCCUAUAGAAGAGAAGUGGGAUGGAUUCCCGCAUGUUCGAGCUUGGCAUGAAAGUAUGACAAGUAGGCCGUCGUGGAUCAGAUCUAUGGAUGUCCGCACAAGGCUGAUGGAUGAGCAAGGUUUGGAUUGGAAUGGUAUGCCUAAGGGAACCAAAAACUUUCAUGAAUACCAGGAAAGCAUCAAGGCUGAGGAUCAGGGCGAGGGAACGGCGUAGAAAAGCUAAAUUCUUGCGUGUACCACAUAGUGUU